AACCACCUUUGCAUUUUAGCUACUACUUCAACCACCACCACCAUUUUUCUUCUUUUCUUACCUCGCACCAUCUCCCGGCCGGCUUCUUUCUGCCUCGACUAUUUGACUAAGCGAUUGUCGUACUCUGUAAUUUCUUCUGACUGGAGAAAGCAGCGCUGCUUUAACCACCUCUUCGCCGCAAAACGCCAUCCCUCCAUCGACCGACCACGCGAGCCUGCGACGCAGUUGCCAGCACGCCAAUCCGCAGGGGUAUAUAUUUUUGCUAGGACGGUAGCUUGCGACGCUUGCAUUGACGAGUCUUUGCUUCCUUGGACGCUUUCUUGCAAAUGCACCAACGAACAGGUCACGCCUUGCAUACUCCCCCUUCCGAUCGUUAGAAACCGAAUAGGCCACAGCAGCACGACGCCCGCUACUUCUCCUCCCCACAGACCUAUCACUACCAGCACGACUUCUCCCCCGCGCGUAGCCACGGCGCAGCGUUUUCUUCCGUCUCGGCGCCGCAGUCACCACUCUCCCAUACUCCGACUGCACUCGUCCACCACCAACAUCGUCCUUGGACUCGCAGGCACCAGCCGCGUCAUUGGACACCCGAUAUAUCGACACAGUAUAGGGCCCAAAGCGUAACCCCGUCCCAUCACCACCGACCCUCGAUGCCUCCUCAAUUGAGAGGCUUCGGUGGCCCCGGCGUGACCGGGCCGUUUCACCAACCGGGCUUCCCUUCUCAUGGCCAGCCUCAGGGCCCGCUAGGCGGUAACCAGUAUCUUGGUGCCAGUGCCCAGAUUAACCCCUUUGGCGGUGCUGGAAACAGCAACUUCAACGCUGCUGCUGGCCUGAAUGGCGCUCCUGGAUUUGAGGGCGGCUUUGGAAGCCAGGGCUCCCGCAUGGGCUUUGGACAUGGCCCUGGUGGCCUGCAGCAGCCGCAGCACGGCCAACUUCAGCACAGCAUGCUCAUGGACCAGCCCAUGAUGCGCCAACCGAAUAGCAACAGAGGUCGUAUAAGAGAGGUCUGGAAGCACAACCUCCAAGAAGAGAUGGCUGUGCUACGAGACUUGGUUGAGAGAUAUCCCUACAUUGCCAUGGACACGGAAUUCCCUGGUGUUGUAUCUAGACCGAUGGGUGCAUUCCGCGGCAAGAGUGAUUAUCACUACCAAUGCCUCCGCACCAACGUCGACAUGCUCAAGGUCAUCCAGAUUGGCCUGACGCUCUUCAACGAGGACGGCGAGACGCCGCCUGUGCGCCCCGGCCCCGAGUUUGGCCCUGCCGUCAAGAAGAGCUCCAUGACCGGCACAUUCCCCUACUCAUGGCAGUUCAACUUCAAGUUCUCGCUCAAGGAGGACAUGUACAAUGAAAAGUCGAUUGAGUCGCUACAGCAGGCUGGCAUCGACUUCAACGCUCUCGAGCGCGACGGUAUCGAUCCUCACGAGUUUGCCGCGCUCCUUAUCCCAUCGGGUCUCGUCUGCUUCCCUGAAGUCAAAUGGAUCUCGUUCCACGGCGGCUACGACUUUGGCUACCUGACCAAGCUGCUCAUCUGCUCACCCCUGCCCAACGAUGAGGUCGACUUCAACGACAAGAUGAAGCUCUACUUCCCGACAACCUACGACGUCAAGCAUCUCAUGAAGCACGCCAUCCGGCUGCACAACUCGGGCCUCCUCACCCCCACGGACCCCAACACCGCCGACAUCCUGCACAAGUUUGAGCACAAGUCGGGCCUCGAGAACAUUGCCGAAACCCUGAAAGUCAAGCGCAUCGGCUCGGCCCACCAAGCUGGCUCCGACUCGCUGCUUACCGGUAAAGUCUUCUUCCAGAUGCGCGACAAGAUCUACAACUCCGAUAUCCCCGAGGAGCACAUUGGCAAGGUCUGGGGCCUCGGCGUGCCCGAUGGUAAUGCCAUCAUCCCCUCGCUCAUCGGCCACAGCACUCAGGACAGCAACUGCGGCAACGCACCCAGCACGCCCAACACCGGCACCGUCGGUCUCGUCACCAGUCCGGCCGCGCAGAGCCACAACACCAACGGCCUCGCAGGCCACUUGGGCGGCCCUAUGACGCCUGGUGGCGGCGGCGGCGUCUUUGGCAGCUUUGCCUUUGGCGGCAACAACAGGUAGAUGCAUUCUUCUAUCUUAUUGGGCUUGCGCUGCUAGCAAGCUGCUCUUUGACUACUACUACUUACCACACACGCCUCAUAUCACAAUCCACCUAACCCUAUAAAACCCGCUGUAAUCAAAACAGUCUGUCUUGUUGCUCUCUACCCAGGCACAGGAACAGCUGUACCUUUGUUUAUGUCUUUUUUGAUACUAUGGGCAUUUGACUUGUUUGUUCUGCUUUGCUUUUUUUGUUUUUUGGGAUGUAGGCUUGUUGUUUAAGGAGUUUUCGUCACUACUUGACCGGUCUGGCAAAGCAGGAGACAAGAGAAAGGAAAGGAAGGGGAGAAAGGGGGUUGGAGAAAAGCCCCGUGUAUGCAUGUACGGACGAUGCGUUCUUUUUUGGUUCUUAGUUUUGCUUGUUGUUAUGCCUGUGCUUUUACUCUGUCAUGUCUCUUGUACCGGGGACUGGUGGAAACUUGUUAUCAAUGCAAAGUAUUAUAUAAAAAGCUACGCUGCUGUGCACUCUGUGAAAAUGAUGGACUAAAUAAACUGUCGCUGUAAAUGAAAAUCGCUAGUAGUUAAAAUGUACAUGUGUCUGAUGCUGUCUCUGUUUGUCCUGGCACUAUCCCAAAAUAUCCUCUUUAUGUGAUGUAUACCUUGAUUAGCUCGUCUCUUGUAUAGACAUCGCUCGAGUGCGGAUCCUUGACCUUGUCCGGAGGCAGGCCGCUCUUUCGAGAGGUCUCUUCUAAGCGCUGAGCGCCGCAGACGCGGCCAUUGGGCAGGAGGAGGAGGUCACUUUCCACAUGACUCUUUGUAUGGUGUGCAUAUGGCACGUUGCGGGCUAGAUCGUUGAGCUCGAUGGAGCAGAUGGGGCAUACUCCAUGUCCUAGCGUCGACGGCGCCGCGGCAGGCUUGCCAUUUGUACUUGGGGCAUGAUGACAUGCUGGUGUCUUUAGGGCUGACAGGCCCGAGGAGAGAGCCACAUGUAGCAGAGGGACAGAGGGAAGUGCCAGUAGCGUGUUAUGCGCAGAGGUGAACAGGUCGGCAAGGUCGCCCCAGCGAGACUGGUCGUAGAGGUGGGCAUAAGGGGCUGAUGGCGAUGACGGAGGAAAGGCAAGGAGGCCGCAUGCCUGGCGAACGUCUUCGGGGUAUGUGUUCCAGUACGGGAUGAGGUGCUUUUUGGCGUGGGCGAGAGCCUCGAUUAGCUUGGCUUCGGAUUCUGUGCGGAUAAGCUCGAUAUACUGCUGCAUACGGAGCAUGAAUUCCAGUUUACUCUGCAAAAAAGUAGCACGUUAGCAUCUAUUUGUAAGCAGUGGGUGUUUCUGCUCGUCAACGUACCUCCAUCUUGCGAAGCUCCUUCUUGUUCUCCGCACACCACGUGAGGGCGUCCGAGACGGUGCCGUCAAGCAGAGACUCGCGAAUCCUGCUAAGAUUCACAAAUGUGUCUACAUCGACCAAAUUCUCAAUUUUCUUCUCGGCCGCCAGCUGUGCAGCGGUAUCGUUAUAGCCGUGGCGCAGGAGAUAGUCGGCCAGCAGGCGGUCGAGACGCUGCCUGCUCCACGCCUCGUAGCGGACAUCGUCGACGCUGCUCAUAGAGUACAGAUCGUUGAGAUGCGAUAUACGAGCUGCUGUUUGCGAGUGGAGACGUGCCUCUUCUUCAGCGUGGGCUGUGAGCUUGCGUUUGACGCCGCGCAUGCGAGCAAUCAUGCUAUCAAGGUUACGGAGGACAUCGGCCUGCGAGGCGCGGCCAGACACGGCGGCUGUGGCGGAUUCUUUGAGUAAUGUCUUUAGAGAGGAGGUGUCCUUUUCGAUGGUGAAGUGGGCUGAGCGGAAGUUUUUGCGGAGGAGCUCGUUGGGGAGGCGGAGGAGAGGCUGGUCCUGUAGCGGCAGUUAGUUAGCAAAGCGGGCGGGCGAGCUAUCGUUGGGGAUCCCGGGCGGCU